AUGCUCCUCCGCGCAAGUAUCUGCAUAUUAUUAUCCAAUGCCCAGCCUGCCGUGUCUUCCGGACUGCUCCACCUGAAACUUAACUGCAUUGUCUUCGGCGAUGAUUCUCGCCAUAUUUUCCCAGUCGACGUUGAGCGGACGAAGACUGUCGGUGACCUCAAAAAUGUUAUCAAGAUCACCAAGAAGCCAGAGUUUGACCAUGUUGCCGCUGACCGUCUUGAGCUAUGGAAGAUGAGUGAUAUGAUGCCUAAGGUCAAGAUCAAUUUGAAUGAUAUAGACUUACGGAACGCGAUCAUAGACGGCGGCGUCGAGCUGCACCCGUUAACCGAGCUGUCUGAUGUGUUUGCGGAUGGAAUAGAGCGCGGAUGCAUUCAUAUCGUCGUAAAACAUCCUGCCAUUGCACGACACAUUCCAGCUGCUGAUCGGCGAAUCGCUUAUCUCAAGAAGGGCGCGGGUAGUCCGUCGGCCGGUGCAAAACCAUCCGCAUUCUCUACGAAGCAGGACCAGCAAGAGUACCUUUGCAACUGUCCUCGCAGAGCCGCGGACCCUGUUCCCAUUACUCUUCUUGAGCCUAUCUUCGCCGAGUUCAUGGAUUAUUGUCAAAAGUAUGAACCAAUUGUCCACGAUAACGACUUUGUUUUGCAACUUUCGGAAAAGAUGGCCUCCUUCUAUCCCAAUGAGCUCGUGCGGAUGAAUACAUUCCGGCAAGUGCUCCAGGACUACGGUAUUAUACUCAAUGCUUCUAUGGUUGGCUCAACCAGAUGUACGACAGACGGACAUAUUUUGUCUACCAACGGACAGUUUGUGCUGAUGAUAAUUGAGGGGAAGAACGAGAUCGGAAGUGGCACUGCCGAACCAUUCAUGGAGGCGAUGUUGUACUACCGCAAGUUUAUGGAAGACUCGAAGAUUGAGAUGGCAAGGCUCCGGUCUUUUAUUCCAUGCAUCCAUAUCAUUGUCUUCGGGGCAUGCAUCAGCUUUUCAGGCUCUGUUUUCACUGAAAAAGUCCAGUCCAAUGUCCUGGUCCCUAUCAUUCCUCUGUUUUGGCAUUCAACAGACCUCCGCAUGCAAGUGAUGGCAGCUCGUACUUUCGGGGCUCUCAAAAUUGCCGUCGAGAAACUCACCAAACUAUACUCCCAUCCAAUCCCGACCCUCGAACCCGAAGAUCCAUAUCUUAAAUGUCCUUACCCUCGGAGUUAUACCAAUUCCACCGGUUUCAUUCAGGAAUUCUCAUAUGAUGAGACUCAAAUCCUCAGGGAUUGA